UUGUGAUUAAACAAGUGUGGGGGAGAUCUGUCACCAUGCAAGUGCGCAGAGGCUCCUGUACUUCUAGGAACUGGCUGCAAGUGGUUGUCUUCUUCAGCUUACUCGUGGUCACCAAACAAAGCCUCUCACCAUUUGAAUGCUAUUUAAUAAGAAAUGCUGCAGAGGAAGCUGGAUGUGGAUUAAAGAAUUCCUCCUCUUUUCACAAUGCCAUAAACCUGAAGUGCUCGUGGAUAUCACUUAACCUUUACCAUGCAGCUGUGACAGUGGAAGUGAAUAUUUUUGAAUCAGUGAAGUUGGAAGUACUUCAGAACAUAAGCGGGACAGUAACUUUUGUCUGGUUCCUGAAGAAGAACAAUGUAUCAUAUGUUAUUACUGACUCUGAACACAGUAGCCAUAUUUGUUUGGAUCUGGUAAGAACCACUGGAAAACAAGCUGGAACAUAUGAGCUGUUCAUACAAAGUGAAAACUCCAACUACUCCAUAUAUUUUGAAGUAAAAAUAAGAAGCAAACCCAGAAAACCAUAUUACACUCUUGUAUCAGAUUCUGUGAGCUGCUUCUCCGAAGGUUAUCCACAACCUGCUGUGUACUGGAUAUCAUGUGCUUCACCAGGGGACAGAUGCGAUAAAAAGACAGGUUCUAUUGCAAAUCCUGCAUCAAACAGGUCUGGAAAUACAGAGGUGGGAAGCAAACUGGAGUCAAUAGACCUGAUGGAAAAGAAUAUAUCCUGUUGUGCAGUGAAUGCUCUGGGAACAGAAUGCAGCCAGCUACCUACCAUUGAUAUGAUGUCUCCAACUUCUCACCCUGAAAUACUUCUUAAGACUGGAGAGACCUUUGUUAUACGGUGUUGGGCAUUGUAUAAAUCAUAUAAAUUUAAGAUUACAUGGGAUAAAGAAAGUAAAAAACAGAUGUCGUCCUUUGAAAAGAGCUCAUACAGACCUGAUCGGUAUAUGCUGAGAGUAUUGUUUGCCUCAUUAAAUGGAGGAAACAGCACCAACAUCACAUGUACCUCAACCGUCCAUCCCUUAAAGUCUCAAAGCUUUAACGUAAUAGACAGGGGCUUUAUUGACAUGAAUACAUCACAUGUGGAACAUGACAUCGACCCAAAGGAAGACUUUUGCCUCGUUGCAGAGUUUACUGCGUAUCCAGCUGUGAGAUGUGCAUGGAUCCACAAUUCAAACAUCUCUCCGUGUUCUCUCAUCACAGAUGAAAAUGGACACAGCAAAUCUUCAUACUGUCACCAUAAAAACACUCCUGGAGAGUACUUGUUUUACAUAGAAAAUGAUGACGUGCAGCUUGGAAAAACCUUCACUUUGAAUUUACUAAAAAAACCUGAGAUAGAAUGUAAGGUGACCAACGAAAGUGUCUCCUGCAAGUCACAAAGCUACCCAAUGCCAAACUGGUUGUGGAAGAAGAGUGAUGGUGGCUCCAAUUGUGAAGUAGAAAUCAAGAAUGGAAUUACAGAGGGACCACGGGAAAGAAACGGACCCGUUUGGAUCUCCACUAGCACAUUGGAUGUGGACAACCAGGCAGAAACCAUCACCAUCUGCAGCUGCGCUGUCAAUUCUGCUGGAAGAACAUGCGCUAAUUUUUUUUUUAAACAGCUUGAGCCAAGUCAUUUAAUCCUCCCCACUGUGGCUGGACUUUGCGGACUGUGUUUUGCUAUUUUAUUUGUCCUGGUUCUGAGCAAGUACAAGAAGAAGUACAAAUACGAAAGUCAGCUGCAGAUGAUACAGUACAUCGGCCCCUCCGAUAAUGAAUACAUCUACAUUGAUUUCAGCGUUCUGCCCUAUGAUGUUAAAAAAUGGGAGUUCCCAAGAGAGAAUCUGGAGUUUGGCGAGACCGUCGGAUCUGGGGCAUUUGGAAAAGUGGUUACCGCUAAAGCUUAUGGAAUUAGCAAAUCGGGGGUGUCCCUGCAGGUGGCAGUCAAAAUGCUGAAAGAAAAUCCUGAUGCCUCGGAAAAAGAUGCCUUAAUGUCUGAACUGAAGAUGAUGACCCAGGUCGGACACCAUGACAAUAUAGUGAAUUUGUUGGGAGCGUGCACUGUGUCAGGUCCGAUAUACUUAAUUUUUGAGUACUGCCCACAUGGAGAUCUUCUCAAUUACCUGAAAGUCAGAAGAGAUACUUUCCACAAAACCUGGUCAGAUGUUUUCAAGGAUAAUAACUUCCCUUUUUACCAUAAUUUCAACCAGGAUGAGAAAUUCAGAGACAGAGCUGUGACAGUGUUAAGCAACUGCUCAUAUAAAUGGGUAUCUGCAGAACAAGAACGUGACAAAAAUCAGCGCAACCAGGACUCGUCGACCACACAGCCUGAGGUUCAACAAGCUGAAGAAAUGAAAUACCAAAACAUCAGGAAGUAUGACGAAGAAGAUCUGAACAUCCUCACACUGGAAGAUCUGCUCAGUUUUUCAUAUCAAGUUGCCAAUGGGAUGGAGUUUCUUGAAUCAAAGUUGUGCAUUCACAGGGAUCUUGCAGCCAGAAAUAUCCUGAUAAACAAAGGAAAAGUGGCCAAAAUAUGUGAUUUCGGACUUGCCAGAGAUAUUGUGAAUGACUCCAACUAUGUGGUCAAAGGCAACGCUCGACUGCCAGUUAAAUGGAUGGCUCCAGAGAGUAUAUUUGAGGGAAUAUAUACUAUCAAAAGUGAUGUGUGGUCUUAUGGCAUAUUACUUUGGGAAAUAUUUUCUCUUGGGAUAAAUCCAUAUCCAGGCAUACCGGUUGAUGCAAAAUUUUACAAGCUUUUGCAAAGUGGAUUUAAAAUGGACCAACCAUUCUAUGCCACCGAUGAAAUAUAUUUCCUGAUGCAAUCCUGCUGGGCUUUUGAUUCUAAGAAAAGACCAUCAUUUCCAGAACUAGUUUCCUAUCUGGGAUAUCAGAUUUCCAAUACAGAAGCUCUGAUUUAUCAAAGCAAGAACGACUGUGAAGCAUUAGACAAAUGUUGCAUGUCGCCAAUAGAAAGUGCGUUGAUCCAGGACCUCCUGUCUGUCAAUACACCACUUAUCUAGAGCCACAAUAUGCUUGCACUGUCUCCAAGAAGAGGAACUCACUAGCAAAACUUGCACUGGAUUUUUAGACAUUUCCAGCUGUUACCCUGUCUCCAUCAUCUAUCUCUCUCUGAUGUAGAUGAGUCAUGGAAGGUUGGAAUAUU